AUGAUCCUAAUUUAUCACCUAGUGAAAAAAAUUCAUUAAAAGAAACUAAUUAUGGAAUAAAUUUAAAUUGGUAAUGUAUAAGUCUAAGUACAGGAGAUAAUUGUAGUGAUUCAUAAAAUAAUUUAAUUGUUUCACCAAUCACAUAAAACUUGUAAAUUAAAAUAUAAAAGAAUAUCUUACAGAAUUUUUAAUAAUAUAAAUUUAAACUAUAAGGAACAAAAAAUGGAAUAACCGUUUUUGAUUAAACAAUAAUAUCAAUGGUUGAUUAUGAUGUUCCCCCUGUUUAUACUAAUAUUUCUAUUAAUAACUCUUAAAAUAGAAUAAAUUUAAACUAAGAAAUAUUAACUUAAUUUGAUUAUCAAUGGAUUACAAAUGUUGAUAACUUAAUAAUUACAGGAGUUAUUUUAUAUUAGAAUUAGUAAAAGAAUAUAAUAUCAAUAAACCAUAAAUAAUUUAGAUUUUGUGUUUGGGAAUUAUUUUUCGACUUUUUAAGAGAAAAUUAAAAUUAAUUUGAAUUAAAAUUUUCAAUUAGAAAAAUAAAUUUUAUAGUACCUACAUUCAUUUCUUAUACUUUAAACGCUAAUAUACCUCCGUAAGAAUGCACUUUUGAUUAAACUACAGGUUUUAAAGUUUAAAAUCUGUAGGAUAAAUAAAUUCUUUAAAUAAACGGAUGUAUUGAUUUUGAUUAACCUCUAUCUUAUUCUUUCUAUUUUUAUAAAAAUUAAGAUGAUUAUAAUAAAGAAAUAAAAAAUGCCUAAUAUAUUAAUAGGCAUUUGUUGUCUGAUUUGUCACCAAAGAAUAAUAUCGAAACUGUCUUACCUUAUGGCGUUUCUUUAAUUAUGGGAGUAAUAUAAGAUUCAAGAGGAGGAAUAAGAAAUAUAACCUAAUAAAUUACAGUAAGUUAAUAUGAUGUUUAAGAUAGUUCUUCAUAUUAUAAAUUUAUAAAUAAUUGGUUUGAUUAAACAAAAUAAACUUAUUUAAAUGAAAAUAAAGUUAUUAAUUAUAAUAUGA